CUCGGUGGGCGCCGCGCAUACUACUUACUCCUCCACCGCCGAGGGAGCGUAAUUUUUCCCCCGUGAUCGAGUCGCGAGAGGAUUCGCAGCACCCCAAGCUCGGCCCGAUCGCGGUGUAUUAUGUAAAGGGAAUGUUACCGUUGUCAGUCUCCUACGCUACUAUCCCUUUACACGCGCGCUAUACCGCUGGCUGCUGCUGCUGUUGAAGAGGAGCGAGAGAGAGACAGAGAGCGCGCGGAGAGGUGCCUCUCCGACGACAUGCGAAGAGACGCGUCCGACGCGACGACGACGACGACGACGACGACGACGGACGACGAGCGAGGAUCGCAGGCAACCCUGCAGGUGGUGAGACACGUCGACGGCGACGACGAGCGACGACAGGAGCAUCCAUGGAACUGAAAAUCCUGCUGUGGCUUCACAUCGUGGGAAUUUGCUCGGGUCUACGGGGAGUGCGCAUCCAGAUACCGACGGCCGUGAGGAAGGGCGACUCGGCGACGCUGAAAUGCUGGUAUGACACCGAGGGCGACCAAUUGUACGCUGUCAAGUGGUACAAAGGGGGCAGGGAGUUUUAUCGCUAUGCCCCGAACGAGAGCCCGCCCGUCAAGACUUUCCCCAUCGGGAACCUGACGGUGAAGAAAACGGAGAGCAACGCGACGCAGGUCGUGCUGACGAAGUUGGAAUUGGAGGCGGCGGGCGUGUACAGCUGCGAGGUGUCAGCCGAUGCGCCUUCCUUCCACACGGCCAUAGUUUACGCGGCGAUGAACGUCGUCGAAUUGCCCUCUGAGAUGCCGUCGAUACAGGGACUAAAGAGGAAAUACCGCGUCGAAGAUCCGCUACGUUUGAACUGCACAUCCGGCCGGAGCAAACCAGCCGCGAAUCUCACUUGGUAUAUCAACGAUCGACAGCCGAUCAAGUCGCACGUUCGCACGUACAGCCCGCUCGACACGAACGAAUCGGAGUGGCAGAUUUCGCAGAUCGGACUCCAGUUCCUGGUUACGCACGACCAUUUCGUGAGCGGCAAGCUGAAGAUACGUUGCAGCGCGUCGAUAUACGACAUUUAUUGGCAGAGCACGGAAGUCAGCGCCGAGGAGGACCGGCCGCGGGUGAUACACUACGAGCCUGCCGCGACUAUCGUCGGCAUCAACUACCUUCAGCCACCGCCAAAUUUUCAGACCGGCCAGAAGAAACCUGACGGUCAGGCUGAAGUGAAAGUGCUGAGGUCCUUCGCGGUGAACCUGCGGCCGUCGGCGAGGAUGGUCAUGGAAUUGUUUGCGCUUCUUCUAAUCGUCAUUCGUUAAAUGGUAUGUAGUGCAUCGUUCGAGAAACGCGCUUUGGUGGAACACUUUGCGUAUGUCGACGUGCUUGUAAGAGGUAGAGAAGGAGGAGGAGGCGAGGACGGAGGUGGACGAGAAGGAAGAGGAAGAGAAGGAGGUGGAGGGCUCGAGAGACGCUUUGUGCGAUGAUGACGUUUCCUCUAUGGGAUCGCCUCGGAUCACCACGCAGCAGCAAUAUACAACAGAGGAGCGAACACAGGGAGCUCCUUGGGUCACGUCACAGCGAUGAAACCCUGAAAGGCUCGCUUGUAACGGCGGGGAGGAAUGGAAGUGACGGAACGCGACAGAGAAUUCGAUGUCGGUUGCGGACGACGGAAGAGGAGGACGAGGGGAGGAAAAAAAGAAUCGUGGACGAAGGGCGAAUUCCCGCGAGACGAUUUAUCCGACGUUCACACUCAUCCGACGAUCAACGAAUGUCCAAAAAGCACUACAGCGACGAAAGACGGCUGGAUUUAUAUAUACUUGCGAUAUAUAUAUACAUAUAUAUAUAUAUAUUCGGGAGUUAUUUUAUUAUUAUUAUUAUUAGACCAUGUGUACUCUUGCUUCCUUCCAGCGGGAAUAAUGUGUUUGCAAUGUGUAGGUAUACAUACAUAUAGUACGUUUACGUCGCAUCGUAUGGAAAGAUAGUUUUUUUUUCGUACUUUUAUAACUCAGAAGGAGACUAUAACGUAGCAUGAAUGUACGUGAGUUCUCGACAGCGUAAAAACACACAUGUACACGUAAUACAAACACACACCUACGGAAAUAUACGCAAAUGUGACACGGCAGAUGAGUAUGUAAAUUCGCUCGAUUAUAUACACACACACAGACAUACACAGCACACAUAGAUACACGCACACACACACAUAUACAAUUAUACUUUUUCUCUGUAUGAAUAACUGAAAAAAAGUGUUCGAGAAAAUAUAUAUUGCAGCCCGCCUAAGUAUUUUACAGUGUGCGAGAUGAUGUACCUGAAUCGGAUAUUCGUGCGAACUUCUUUUUUGUGUUGCUAUUUCUAUAGGGGAUACUAUGUACUAUAUAAUAAGCGAGGAAAAGAUGUGCUAUAUCGAGUUAUAUAUAUAUAUAUAUGAUAAUAACACAAUUUGUGUAUCUCGGUCAUUCCAUUUCAUAUAUAUUAAAGCGUAAUUAAUUUAUUAAUGAGGCUGAUUUCAUUGAUGUACAGUACGACUGGAGUUUAUUAUAUAAAUUCAUUAAGUAUA